AGAGAAACUGCUGGAGCCGGACGUCCCCAACAACUGGAUGUCAACAUUCCAGCUAGUUUGAAUGAAGAGGACAAAGUGGAAGAGCUGGCCAAGGAUCAGAUUUGUCUGCAGGAUAAUUGCACUGAAGACAAUGAAGUGGAGGAGCAAGACGACAAUCACGUAUUCUGGCAAUACGAAUUUGGGCCCCAGCUGGGUAAAGGAGGCGGUGGCUGUGUGUAUGCAGCGACUCGCUGCACGGAUGGCCUUAAGCCUGGCCAUCCCAGUCGCCUCCCCUUGGAGAUUGGCCUUACACUCUUGGCCAAUGAGGACCCCAGCGUUCCAUACAUAAUCAAACUCCUGGAUUGGCAGGACAACCCGGACUACUAUGUCAUGGUCUUGGAGCGACCCAUGCCUAGCAUGAGCCUGUUUAGUUUCGUGAAGGUCCGUCAAAGGCUCAGAGAGGGGCAAGCACAACAUUUUAUGUGGCAGGUCCUUCAGGCCGCUAACAUUUGCUGCGAGCGCGGGGUCUUCCAUAGAGACAUAAAACUGGAAAACCUCCUGGUGAACCCAGACACAUUGGAGGUUAAGUUGAUCGACUUUGGAUGCGGCGAGCUCAUGAAGGACACUGACUAUGUGACCUUCAGUGGUACAGAAAUAUUCUGUCCACCGGAGUUCAGUAUCAACGGCAGCUACCAUGCAAAGCCGGCGACGGUUUGGUCUUUAGGGAUCCUGCUGUUCGUCAUGGUGUGUGGUUAUUAUCCAGACGACGAAGACCUGCAAGAGAUCAGCAAGAAUACGUGGUCCGAAACUGAUCUGUCAAAAGAAUGCUGCCAGAUGAUUUGUGAUUGUCUGCAGCCGGAUCCCCAGCAGAGACUUCUUCUGGAGGAUAUGCAGCUCCAUGACUGGUUUAUGGUCGUGGAGUAAGAAAACUCCCUGCCCGUCUAGAAGUGCCUGGCACCUUGAAGUGGCAUCAUUUAUAUUUAGAAUUUGUGUUAGAUAAAUAUGUGUUAAGACAAUUGUUUUAAAAUAUUAUCCGAGAUAAAGUAUGAUA